AUGAAUCAGUCCAAGAGUCCACCUCACAUUAGCAAAUUCAGUACAGAGGCUCUCAGGGUAGAGUUUCCUGCUGAUAGUGCUUUGGAUAGUGAGAUAAACGAGGUUUUGGAUAAAUUGACAAGCGAUGAGAUCGAAGUAUUGCUUAAAGAGUUGGAGACUGAAGAAAGAAAUCUUCCAGCUAACAGUGAUGAAAAUAACGAUCAAAAAGAUGUGACUCUAGUAGAAACAGCAGAUUCUAACUUGUUAUCACCCUGGGAGAGUUCAAACGAUACAAUCGUGGUUGAUGAUGAAAAUGCUUUAAUUGGGCCAACAGUUAAGGUUGAAAAGCAAAAAACUCCCUUAAGUGUCGCGAGUAACCAGGAAAUUACAAGCUCAAUUACUUUGCAAUGUUUAGAAGGAUCAGAUUCAGCCCCCAAAAUAUCAAAUGCAUUAUCCUCACCUUUUCAAAAUGGCCAUAGUGGCAGCUUAGAAACACUCCACACCCAAAAAGAUGUGCUUGGAGCUAAACAUGAUUUGCGGAAAAAGCCUUCUAUUGUCUCGAGAUUGGGAAUCUUUUCUCAAGGUUCAUUGAUGCCCAAGAAUCCAAUAAAUGUAGUGGCAGGAAGCACUUUUGCCACUAUGGAUAGAAAGGAAGAAACAACAGAUGUAAGUGUUAGUUCUGAUGUUGGUAUAGAUGAAACUUCAUUCUCUGACCUUGAUGUCGCCUUGGAGCCAAGCUGCCAAAACUUUAACAUAGACGAAUCUGAAGUUUCGCAGCCAAGAGGAUCAGGGGCCAAGCUUGCAGAGAGAAUUGGUAUAGACGAGUCCACUAAAGCUCACCAGUUCCAUCCAAAAACUCCAGAAGAUGCCUUAAUUAAUGUAUUAGAAGCGAAGAAUUUGAUUAACCGAAACCAAUCUGAACGAGAGUGUAUGACACAUGUCGAUAAUCAGGAACAUAGUGGGUUGGCAGACGAAAGUGACUAUCACAGAACCAGUAAGAAUGUUGGGAUCGAAACGAGGCAAAAUCUAUUCAAACUUGAAGAUUUCCACGACAACAGUGCUAACAAUCUGUACCUCGAUGAUUCUAUCUGCAGUGAAGAAUAUACCCAAGAGUCUAUCAUGUUAUCAGAAGAUAUCUUGAUUAAUCCUGUCCACGAAGAGUUGAAACUAGAACCCGCAGUGAAAGAAUUGAUCCUUGACCCAAUACUGAGAAGGGGAACUAACGCAACAAAUGAUGAUUCGUUUCUUGAAAUGGAUGAUUCUUAUUCUGCAGAGUCAUCGAAAGAAUUAACGGAUGAACUUUUAGAGCAAUGGAUAAAAUCAGAUGAUGAUCAAUUGUUUACAAUAUCAAAUAGGGCAAAUCCUUUAGAUCAUUCACAGAAGUUAUGUGAGCUUGAUUUGCAAAAGCUGCCUGAAGUUCGAAUGGAUACCACUGAGAUUUACAUAUCGGAGAAGGUGUCAAACCCUUCCAAAAUUUUGAAUCUCUUUGCCAAUGCCUCAAAUUUUGAGUACAAGGAGGCUAGGAAAAUAAGGUUGUAUCUUGACUUUUCAUUUGUGGAUCUACAAGCCUAUAAAUCCUUUCAAGAUACAGUAUCGUCGAUAUCUCAACUCAAAUCAAAUGAAUUCUUCCUUUUGAGAUUGGAUCACAUCGAAGUCAAACUCAGAACACAUGACAAGCAAAACUCCAGAUUUAUUUUGGAGCAACUCAAGAAAUUAGGAACGUUUUAUAAUCGUAUCAAAAUUUUGGGGCUAUUUCAACUAGUAUUAGAUCAGAAAGAUGCUUGUAAAUCAAGCUGUUCUGCCAUGUCAGAACUCUCAAAUAAUUUAGCAAUCAGGUUGCCAACAUCCUUGGAAAAAUUUGUACUAGCAAACAGACUUGAUUUAGAUGACAACCUUAUUCUUGUGCCCUCUUUGAAAUCAGCUUCAUUCUAUAAUUGCCAAAAAAUGAAUUUGAGUAAGUUUAACCUUACCAGAAGGCUAGAGCAACUUCAUAUUUGCGUGGGCAAGUUUCAACUAAUUGAACUAGUGAAAAAUGGAAGAACAGAACAGUUCCUAAUUGGUCUUACCGAACUAAGAGAGCUAAAAUUAACCUCCCAAUUUUUUAUGAGUACAAACCUUGAAAAGAACACAAAACUUCAAACAUUGACCUUGGCUGGCCUCGACUUCAAAACUACCCGGAACUUGAGACUUCCACAAUCAUUGAAGAAAUUGCACUUCGAAAAUUGCAUGGUUUCGUCCCAUUUAGUCGCCUUUCCAAGUGGUCUAAGAAAGUUAAAAGUUCGAGGAGGAAAAUGGAAGGAGCAACGCAUCCUUACAUUUAGUCAACUAAAGGCGUUACAUAUUGAGAAUGUUGAGGCUACGGAUCUAAUAAAAAAAGUCAAUUUUCCGAGGGGCUUAUCAACUCUAAAAAUCAUUCAAUGUAAGCUCAAAAGCUUGGAUGGUAUAAGGUUUUCAAAGUCGCUCCGCCAUGCCGAUUUUUCGUUCAAUGAGAUUCAAUCCAUUUCAGGGGUGCCAAACUAUGUACACACUCUUAACAUGGAAGGAAAUUUUAUCACGGAAAUCGAGAAUGAUAUUCUUCAACAGCUAACCUCCCUUAAGGUAUUAAAUAUGAGUGAUAACACUAUGGUAGGGCGCCUUGAAUCGCCUCCUAAUUUGGAAGAGUUGAUUCUAUGCAAAAAUUCAGGUCUUAAUAGUGUCGAAUUUUCUGACUCGAUCAAGGAAAUAGAUGUUUCUUGCACUGGAUUUACUGAUCUUUCCGAGAUAUUCUCAGCAACAGAAAAUGUUAAGAAGUUGAAGGUUGAUGGCUGUCCCAUCUCGAAGGUAGAUGUUAGGGUUUCUAAGAAUUUGGUUGAUUUUAACUUAUCUAAUUGUCAUAUCACAGAUCUCAACAUCAAAUUUGCACCCAAGGCUCUUCUUAAGACACUCGACUUGUCGGGAAAUGAGUUGCAUCAUAUUGGUCAGAUUGACCCAAAUAAUAGCAUUGAGCAACUCAAUCUCCUGAAAAAUCAAAUUACAUUAGUCAGGGGCAUUGAACUUCCCAAGUACUUGUUGUCGUUAGACUUGAGUGACAAUUUCAUUGAAAAGUUCGAUGUCAAUGUACCAGCCAGUUUGAAAGAUUUGAACUUAAGAGGGAACAAUUUUCUGAAUAUUUGUGAAGUAUCAUUGUCGGAGGGCCUCAGAACAUUAGAUCUCAGCAAUAAUUCAUUCGGUACCAUUACUUCUGAUUUUGCUACCCCACCUUGCUUGGUUGAGCUUCAUCUUGAAAAUUGCAGUAUUUAUUCUUUGAGCAUGAAAAUUACCCCCAGCUUGGCCCGCCUAAAUUUGAGUAACAACAAGCUUUAUUGCAAAUCGUUCGAAUUGUACCCUGAAGAAGAGAGCAAGACUACGGAGCUGCAGACGGUACUCGAUUUAACUGGGAAUUUUUUUAAAGAGAUAAAUUUCGAGACACUACAUGGAGCACCGUUCACGUUCAUAAAGCUAUCAAACAACAUGUUUGACGAGUUUCCUCCGGAGAUCCCCGCGGAGAUCCUGGCUGUGGUGUUCAACGACGUGCCUGGUGCGUUUGUCAAGAAUUUCUAG